CUGCCGAAGCGAUGGACAAAGAAAGCAGCCUCCCCGGCGCUGCGCUCGCGCUCGCGAUGGACACGAGCCCACCCACUGCGGAUUACCUAGCAAGGUAAUAACCCACGAUGAGCGUUGGCAGGCCUCGUCACCGCUGGACGGUUCGUCUAUCCGACAAACCAAGCAACGGCGGCAGCGACGACCUGUCUGCCGUCUGGUCAACAACGCCGCGCGUCUGGUCCUCUACCGACAGCCGCAGCAGAGCACGAGCGGCCUCGCCACAAAGAAGAAAGCCGCAAGCGCCUACCGAGAGAGGCAACACAUCCAGCGCAAUGUACCAUGGCAGCCGCUUGAAGGCUCGCGCGCGUCCGACGAACGAUAAAUCCUGAGCUUGUCAGGGGGUUCCAAAAAUUGCCGUCUGUGUCGACG